AUGCAUCUAAAAGACUUUGGCUACCUCUCCGUAACAACAUCCAACUAUACAUCCACUCCCCUCAUUGUCUUUCUACUAACUGGAGUCCCAGGAUUAGAAGACUUCCAAAUCUGGAUCUCCAUUCCUUUCAGCUUCAUGUACCUUUUGGCGGUGACAGGCAAUGGCCUAGUUAUGGCAGUGGUGGCCUGGGACAGGAACCUCCAUGAACCCAUGUAUUUCUUCCUGGCUAUGCUGGCACUCAAUGAUGUUCUUCUUUGUACUGUCACAGUGCCCAAAAUGCUUCUUAUCUUCUGGCAGGGCCCUUCCCCAUCAACGUUUCAUGCGUGUCUCACACAGAUGUUUUUUGUUCAUGCUCUGUUCCUCUCUGAGUCUGCUGUUCUACUGGCCAUGGCUUUUGAUCGCUAUGUGGCUAUCUGUGCACCACUCCAUUAUGCAACUGUAUUUACGGGCUCUCUCAUUAGCAAGGUGGCCCUGGCUCUGACGGUUCGAAGUGUGGUUGUAGUUAUCCCUGGUGUCCUCCUCAUUCUCCGUCUGCACUUUUGCCGGAGCAACAUCAUCCACCAUACCUACUGCGAGAACAUGGGCAUUGCCAAGCUGGCCUGCAAUAACUUUGCCCUUAACAGUAUUUAUGGGCUCACUGCAGCUCUCCUCACUACAGGGCUGGAUUUUGUUCUCAUAUCCCUGUCCUACUGGGUAAUCCUGAGGACAGUUUUAAGACUACCAUCUAGGGAAGCCCGGACAAAGGCCUUUGGAACAUGUGGAGCUCAUAUAUGUGUCAUCUUGAUAUUCUACACUUUGGCUUUCUUUUCCUUUUUUACCCAUCGCUUUGGAAACCAUGUGCCCAGGCACACCCUUAUUCUCUUGGCAAACCUCUACUUACUGGUGCCACCUACCAUGAACCCCAUUGUUUACGGGAUAAAGACAAAACAGAUAAGGAUGAAACUACUAGAACUCUGCAGUUAUCCAAAAUGA